UACAGAUACACUCAGUCUGUUGGUAACUGUUGCAUUCAACGCUUCGUUCGCUCUCCAACCGAAUUAUAGCAUUUUUAUUCUCGCACACAUACACACAAGCAGUUCGUGUACUUCGUAAAAAUAAAGCCGACGCUCGUUUCAAUCGUUCGUACGUUCGUUCGUUCGUUUGUUCACAACGUUCGUAAAGUCGCUUCGUAAUUUCGUUUUUUCGUUUGGCGUUUUCGGUUCUAUCGCCCACACUCUCUCAGUGUGUUUGUGUUAUUUGUGAGUGUAUGUAUGCAUACCGUAUGCGUGUGAGUGAGUGAGUGAGUUGAUUUUGGAGCCGGUAACCGAACGUCGUUCAACGUCAUCGUCAUCGUCAAUUUCAUAACGUCAUUUCGUUUUGGCCGUUCGCCUCACAGCACUCACUGUGUGCACUGUGCGUGCGUAUCUCUGUCACAACUGUAUCUGCAUCUGCAUUUGUAUCUGUAUCUGUUGCCCGCCCGCAGCUAGUCAGCCGGACUUGCGUCUUUCGUCUGCUCAAUUUCGGCGCGUUAAGCCAAAAAUAAGGUACAAGAAUUUAAACACAACCACAACAAAGAGAAACACGACAAAAAUCCUUUCAUAUUUACAAACAAAGUGCUCAACAACAACAAAAAAAAGUGAAGUGUAAAGCAAGAAAUCCGCAAAAUUGUGUUUGACAGUGCGCGCUAAAAGUAAACACAUCUUAAAUAUAUGCACAACAGCAACAACAACAAAAACACACACACAUACACCACAUAUAUUAUACACCACAUACCAAAACACACACAAAGGCUGCAACGGCCGUAAAGUGCCCCCCACUUCAACUAAAGCGACACAUUUUAUGCUUGAGCUAAGCAGUAACAACAACAACUACAGAGGCAGCCAGCAAAAUCACUAAGCUCUUUGCCAAAUACGCGAGAGUGAAAAAAAUAUAUAUAAUAAUAAAAAAAAAGAAAAAUCAAGUAUAUAUAAAAACGUCCCCAGCAUCAUAAUAAUAAAAAAAAGAAGGCAAGCAAGCGCCUUUGGCCAAAUAUCAAAGUGCACAUAUUGGGAUUAAAGAAGCAGCUAAGCAACCAGAAGAAGUAUAAGAAGAAGCAGCAACCACAACUACAACAAAAUGUCACGGAUCGUUUUAGUGUUUCUGGCAGCCAUUUUAUCAGAUGCGCUCAGCUAUGGCCAGGUGAACGUCGAGCCAAAUACAGCGCUGCUCAACGAGGGCGAUCGCACCGAGCUUCUCUGUCGCUAUGGUCGUGCCAUCAACUAUUGUCGCAUCGAGAUACCCGGCGAACAGAAGGUCUUGAAUCUGUCGCCCGUCUGGAGCAAGACACCAGGAUUUACGUACUAUGGAGCCGGUCUGAAUGCGGGUCAAUGCGGUGUCAGCAUUGAGCAUGUCAAGGCCAGCAAUAAUGGCCAAGUCAAAUGCAGUCUUGGCGUUGAGGGCGAGGAACUCUCCGGCACCAUUGAUUUGGUCGUUGCAUUGCGUCCCAAGCAGCCCAUGAUUGAGCUGAUCACCAAGCCGAAUCGCGAUGGUUACUUCUCGGAGAACACCGAGUUCCAUGCUCGUUGCAUUGUUCGCGAUGGUCGCCCGCCAGCCAACAUCUCGUGGUACAUUGACAACAUGCCCGCCAACAAGAACACCAACCAACUGCAGAUUCUCUCCACGCCCACCCACGACAAUGUCGAGUUGUCCACCUCCGUGCAGGAAAUCAAAUGGCACUUGGCCCCCGAGGACAGCAACCGCAAGCUCGUCUGCCGCUCCCAUCAUCAGACCGAUCGCGAAAGUGUGCCCGCCCAGGAAGCUGCCUACAUCAUAAUGGUGCGAUAUGCCCCUGUCAGUCAGCCCGAGGCGUCCGUUUAUGGAUUGUACUUGGAGCACACUGCCAUCGUGAACAUUACGAUCCGGGCAAGUCCGCCACCGACCAUUGAGUGGAACGUCGCCGGCGUUGUCAUCCCACAGGGCCGCACCGAGGGACGCUAUUCGGCAUACGACCCACAGUAUCUGGGCAACGAUCUGUACAAUGUGACACUGGCGAUUGGCGGUCUAACUCUCGAGGAUACGACCAAGGUGUAUCAGCUGCGUGCGAGCAACGAAAUCGGCAUCGCUGAUUAUUCGGUGCGCAUCAGUUCGUCGAGCAAGCCUCCCAGCAGCAGUUUAGAUGUGGCUGCCAUCGUUGGCAUCGUUGUGGCCAUCGCCGUGCUGCUGCUGAUUGUGCUCCUUGUGCUGUUUGCGCGUGCCACCGGCAGAUGGUGUUUUGGCGGCAAAUCAUUGAAGACGCCCACAAAUGAAACCAGCAGCCACACAGACAAACAGCUCGAAUCUGGCGAGGCAGCGCAUCAUGGCCAAAAUGUGGCACUGCUGGAGACGCCCAAUGGCAUCACGCUUCUCGGCUCCAGCAAAUUGCGCGAGGCAAAUGGUAAUAGCAAUGGAAAUAGCAAUGGAAAUGCAAAUGCAAAUGCAAAUGGUCAUAAUCAUGAGCGUGUGUCGGUUGUGGAACGACGUCCGCCUGCGAAUGAUGAGGAUGAUUCAUUUGAGUAUGCCACAGAUCGGGAGAGCAGUGUCUAUAAUCCAACAACGAUGCCAAUGCGCAGUGUGCUAAUGGGCCAAGCAGCCGGACGCAAUUCAACCCAACAGCAAAGGGAGAGCACGGAAUCAACGGAGACGACGGAACACUCUGAUUUGCUGCAGCGUGGCAAUCAGCUGGGCAUACCAGAGUCGCGUUUCUCGCGCUGGCUGCCCAAGGAUCAGCGUGAGCUGCUCGAGAAACAGGCGAAGCUACUCUCCGGACGCAGUCAACAGGCAUCGGCGACGACAGCAACAGCGAAGCAAACACCGCCAGCUGCACCGCCAAAACCCAUUAAAAAUCAGCAAACACCAACAACGCCAACGACGCCGAAGCUGCCGCAGGAAACGGAAAUCUAAAUGAGUGUGUAUGUGUGCGUGUGUGUGCGUGUAUGUCCAAUAAAGUGUAUACGUAUGUAUGUGUGUGUGUGUAUGCCACUUAACUGGCAACCGAUUCAAUGCAAUGAGUUGCAUAGCUGCCUGCUAUGCAAUCCUGCAAUUCAAACUCAGCCUUAAGCGCCAGCGAAACUCAUGACAAGCUUCAUUCAAACACACACACAGACAGGCAGUCAUAUGUAUGUAUGAGUGUGUGUGUGCCACUUAACUGGCAUCCGAUUCAAUGCGACGAGUUGCAUAGCAGGCAGCUAUGAAACUGCAAUUUCAACUUAGCGCCAGCGAAACUCAUGACAAGCUUCAUCCAAACAAACACGUACACUCAAACACACUCAGACAGACAGUCAUAUGAACGAAAGGAAAAACCUCAUCGCGAAUUUCCAUAUUGCAUGAAGUUGAGAAUUUUGUUUCGAAUACGUUAUUUUUUUGUAUAGUAAUGCAUGACAGCUUACCUGGAGUACUCGCCAUAAGAAAGCUGAAUGUUAUGUCACGCAAAUGCGAACAAAGUCAAAAUGAGAUGCGCAACAAGUGUCCACUGUACUUUUCAUUACUUUUCCUUAAGAGCUAAAACAUUAAAUUAUCCUUAAUAUAUGUGUGUGUGUUCUGUAUCAUUUUUUGUAUUAAUUUAUAAUUUACAAUUAACAAAGAAAGAAAGUAUUUAAAUGGGAAGGAAGAAAAGCGCGUUUAGUUAUUAAGUAGUUAGUGACUUUUGCCUUAAGGUUCUCUUCUUUAUUUUAUACUUUAAUUUUAUACAUCUAUAUAUUUUUAAUAAAUUAACAAUAAAAACAA